AUGACCACGGCGAUCCAGAAGGCCAUCAAGAAGUGCAGCCCAGAAAUUCUGGCCUUGCCUCAUUCGAACUCGUCACUUGACCCAGCCCCUGAGCAGCUCGCUCCCCAACCUCAUUCUACCUGUCUGGUCCUUGCGACGGGUUUCGCUGUUUGUCAUCUGCCUGUACCAGUACACUGCUAUCUAGCCCAUUUCCCUUUUGCUGAGCCUGUGACCUCUGCCGUGGAUGCUCCACCCGUUAUCAAGCUUUUGCUUCUGGAGCUCAGCCCUCACCUCCCUUUAUUGUCUGUCAUCGUGGUCUCUCUGCCACCUCCUGUUGUCAAGGAGUCUACCCCAUGGGUGACCUUCACCUCACCUGGUGAAGAGCUUGCCAUCGAGGGCCACGAGUCCUUGUGUGCUAGCUUCCUCAGUCACUUACAGUUGUCAGAGAUGACACCUCUAUGUGCACUCGAGUUGGUGCACAAGAUUCACCGCCUGCUCAUACAUCUUAAAGAGACUUUCAAAUUGUGCAACUCUGAUUCGGACAUUGAUUCUUGCAUGGCCAGCUACAUCCAGGCACUUGGACCAGUUCUUGAUUCCUUUGCUACUGUCGACUGGUUGCCUCAGGGCAUCCUGUUUCUUAGCCCUUUGCACGUGCAGGAGCUACUCCUGGAGUGCUCGCAGGUUCAAUGUCAUAGGCUCGUGUCUGGCAUGGACACCAUGAGUCGAUCUCAUGACAUCCCUAAAGGCAGAGCACUGCCAGUUACUUGGGAUACCCUCGACUUCCUUUCUUCAGCUUCUGAUACCGUUCCUCCUGAGGCUCCGGCCAGUGUGCAGACUAGCCCUUCAAUCACCCAUGCUGUGAAGGCUGAGCCUGUCCUCCUUCCUGGAUCUGCUGAAGCUAAACCUGAGGUGUUCGUCUUCUUGAUGGGCCUCGCUCCAAAGCCAAAAGCAAGUUUCAUGUUUGCUCACCUACCUCUUCCCCUGUUGCCUUCUUCAUCUGUAACUUCUCAUGACCAAGAGAUUUCAUCUGAAACUGAAGCUGCAUUGGUUCUUGUGAUGCCCAAGGCCCACAGUCCUCCAUAUCACACCACCAAGUCUGCUGCCAUCAAGCGCCUUCAUGUUGAGUCCAGUGAGGGGGAGUCCGAACCAGAUGUCUCUAGUGAUAUGGAAAUGGUGGAGGCCGCACCCGUCGUUACUGCAGUUGCAGUGGCUUCUUCUGCUAAGGACCCUUCGGCAAAUCCUCCAUUCUUCAUUCAGAACCCAGCACACCUGCCGAUGUACCUUCUGGCCUGGCACGCGCCCAUGCAUGCCAUUUUGGCAGUCCAAUUCUUUUCUCAGCUAGGGACCCUGUCACUGAGCAUGCUGCUCGAUAAGCUCCUUCCUUGGAUUCACAAGGCCAUGCGAGAGUUGCAGAAUGCGGACACCGCUUCCUUUUCCCACAAGUCAAUGUGUUCUUCAUUCAAGCCUCAUCUGGUUGCUACUUCCUCGGCCCCUACUGCUGGCCCUUCAAUGGUCCUUGCAGCUGCUGCCACACCACUGCCCCUUCCUGCUGAUGCGGAGUCUCUGGCCACCUUCAUCAAGGCAUUUCAGGAGCAGGAUCAUGAGAAAUGCUGGGCUUGCAAGGAGGUCUGCAAGGCUCACAAGGAGCAGAAGUUGCAUUAG